AUGGCAGUAACGGAGGCUAAGACGGCAGCUUUUGCUUGUCUGUAUGAGGAACUAGGGAACAAAGGCAGGGAGAAGAAGUUAUUCCGGCUUGCUAAGGUGAGAGAGAGGACGGCUCGAGAUCUGGACCAAGUGAGGUGCAUAAAAGAUGAGGACGGUAAAGUUUUGAUGGGGGAUGACCAGAUUAAGAGGAGAUGGCAUACCUACUUUCAUAAACUUCUAAAUGAAUUGAGGAAUGCCGACAACCCCCAUGAAUUAAGUUAUUGUAGGGACAUUGAGGUCGAUGAGGUCAUGGAGGCAAUGCGUAAGAUGAGGAGGGGAAGAGCUACCGGGCCAGAUGAAAUUCCGGUUGAACUUUGGAGGUGUGUGGUAGAGCAGGCUUGGAAUGGCUUACUGGACAACCAGUUCGGGUUCAUGUCGGCGCGAUCUACCACAGAAGCUAUCCACCUUAUUAGGAGGAUGGUGGAACAAUACAAGGAUAAGAAGAAGGAUCUCCACACAGUGUUUAUCGAUCGAGAGAAAGCGUACGACAAGGUUCCUAGGGAGGUCUUAUGGAGCUGCUUAGAGGAUAAAGGGGUCCCGACACAAUGCGGCGUCAAUGAGGGGCUAGAGGUUUUGAGACAUGCCCUUGAGUCUAAAGGUUUCAGGUUGAGCAAGACGAAGACGGAAUACCUCGAGUGCAAAUUUGAGGCCGAGCCAACGGAAGCAGGAGUGAAAGUGAGGCUUGACUCUCAAGUCAUCCCUAAGAGGGGUAGUUUCAAGUACCUUGG